AUGUCCCGCCCCGCCGACGCCGCCGACGACGUCUACUUCCCCCUCCGCUACCUCAACAUCGUCGGCACCGUCCCCGUCGAUCUCAACUCCAUCCUCUACGGCAACGAGAUUGCCAUUGCCGAGUUCCUCGAAGCCUCUUCUUCUUCUUCUUCUUCUUCUUCUUCCGACAACGUCACCACCGCCGCUGCCGCCGAAUGGCGCGCCAAAGCCGACGCCCGCGCCACCGCCAUGUACGCCCUCAUGUGGAACGACACCCUCCACAGCUACUUCGACUACAACCUCACCUCCCGCGCCCAAAACACCUUCAUCCCCGCCGACGACGACGCCGAGCCCUUCGAGACCGACCCCGCCCCGCCCGGCAUGCAAGUCGCCUUCAGCGUCGCCCAAUUCUACCCCUUUUGGACCCGCGCCGCCCCCGCCCACCUCCGCGAUAAUCCCCUCGCCGUCGCCGCCGCCUACGACCGCGUCGCCCGCUACCUCGACCUCCGCGCCGGCGCCACCCCCGCCACCAACUUCCGCACCGGCGAGCACGCUACCUCGAUUCUACCUUUGCACCUGGUACGCCACCGGCGGCUCCACCUCCGAGACCCCCGCCUCCCCGGCCUCGACCCCGACGCCAAGGGCGUCAUGUUUGAAAAGUACGCCGACAACGCCACUAACCGUGCCGGUGGCGGCGGCGAGUACGAGGUCGUCGAGGGCUUCGGCUGGACAAACGGCGUGCUCAUCUGGAUCGCCGACACCUUCAAGAACAACCUCACCCGUCCGGACUGCGGCGACAUCGAGGCCGCUGACGUUCACCCCGCCGAGCGCCGAUGA